CCGUCUGCUGACAGGAAGUUCUUGUCGCACUUGCGCAGUCCAUCAUAUGACCAGUUCCGUCACUUCUGCCAAAAUGGAUGACAAUAUCGUCUUCAGUGACAGAUGAUAAUCCAAUGUUCCCUUUAUUAAUGGAUGUGUAAGUGCAUCCUCCUCCAGUUUUUCAUUUCGUAUGUAAACAGGAAAACUUAAUGAAAAUGGCAGCGAUCACGGAGACAGUGUAUGGAACGUCCGAGGAAGGACAUGUAAUGUCCGAGAAGGUUUCCUCAUUAGCCACAAAUAUUUACAAAGAAUUUGAGAGAAUGAUUAAGAAAUAUGACGAAGAUGUGGUUAAGGAAUUGAUGCCAUUGAUAGUUGGUCUACUUGAGGGACUUGAUCAGUCUCUCUCAGAUAAACAAGAAGCGGAUGUGGAGUUGGAGCUCCUGAGAGAUGACAAUGAGCAGCUUCUUACGCAGUAUGAAAGGGAAAAGCAACUCAGAAAGGGUGCAGAACAAAAAUACUUGGAGAUGGAGGAUGCAGUUGAAGGGGAGAAGAAGAGUAUGCAAGAUAAAGUGGAAAGUCUAGAAUCAGUAGUAAGGAUGCUGGAAUUAAAAGUGAAGAAUUCAUCUGAUCAUGUGUCUCGGAUGGAAGAAAAAGAAACAGAUUUAAAAAAAGAGUACACCAAGCUACAUGAGCGAUAUACAGAGUUAUUUAGAACACAUAUGGACUACAUGGAAAGAGCCAAGAUUGUUAUGGGUACCGACAGAAUGGAAGUCUCUAACAGUCCUCGUUCUAACCUGAGAACUGUAGGGGUCCAAACUCGGAUUUUACUACCAAGAACUGACAGUGAAAAGAGUGAUUUGGAUGGUGUGACAUAUCGCCAGACUGAGCCAGUGUUGGGAGGUGGAUUUCAGCUCCCAAGUCUGCGCCCUGUCAGUAUUGCAUAUGGCCAGAAUGUCACCGCUCGUUCAGGAAGCACACCCCCUAGCUUUAGUAGUUUUGAUGACAUGAUGUCACCUCGCAGUGUGGCUGACUCAAAUGUUAGUCUGCAGAGUGAGUUAGGAGAACUGGAGUCUCCCCAAAGUGCCAAAGGCAAACAGAAAGAGACAAAGACUUGUGACCAGGGUCAAGUGACAGACAGUAUUAAUGUCAGAGAAUUCGCCACAGCUACAAAACCUCCAAAUAAUACCGAAGAAAAUAACGACACAACACAUCCAAAAGAUUCUGAGGAAGUGAGGGUAGAGAAAGGCAAUCAGGGUGAUAUUAAACAAAAUACUCAAGUAUCUGAUAUAGAAAGUAAAAAUACAGUGUCUACUGAGGACAGUCCUUGUGAUAGUGCAGCUAGUCAAAAUUCUCAAUCAGACACUCAGUCAACCGACAGAACUGAAAAACAAUUAGAAAAUGAAAGUGGGCAUGUUUCUGUAGAUAAUUCAGAUGCAAAAGUAAACAUUCAGACUGUUGAUAGUUCUCCAGAAGUUAGACAACCUACCUCUGAGUUUAAAACUUCUACUCCACAAACUGAUGACAGCACUAGUAGGGAAAGAUAUGAUAGUAGAUUAAGUAUUGAGGAGGAAGAAGCUGAGUUUGAGGAAGAUAAAAUCAUGGAUUUCAGUCGUAGUAUGUACAUAUCAGGUUUGGAUCACACUUUGGCUAAAAUUAUAGCUACAACACCAGAACUUCAGGAAAUUGAAGAAUCUAUGUCUAGUGUAAAGUCCAACCGAUCUAGGGGCCCCAAGAGAAAUAAUGAUUCCAUAUUUGAUGAGCUGCAGUCCCAGGACAAUGAAUUGAUUGGGGAUGUAGACUUUGGCAUUACAGGACGGGAGGUAAACCCUGGAGAUUAUGCAUCGUCAGACUCUGAAAAUGAGGAUGAAAAUGAAAGACAAUCUAAUGUUAGUGAUAAUUUCUUUGGCAUGGGAAAAGAGUUGGAAAACUUAAUCUUAGAAAACACAGAAUUACUGGAAACCAAGAAUGCAUUAAAUAUUGUCAAGGAUGAUUUAAUUGCCAAAGUGGAUGAGCUUUCAGGAGAGGUGGAAAUUCUGAAGGAAGAAAUAAAUAACCUUCAGACAGUGAAGACCAAGUUAAAUACGAGGAUUAAGGACUUAGAGGACGAGCUGAAAAAAACCAAGGAAGAACUGGAGAAGAAAAACACUUCUGCCAAAGAGGGAGUAGAGGAGGAUGAUGUGCCGAUGGCCCAGAGAAAGAGAUUUACACGAGUGGAAAUGGCCAGGGUGCUGAUGGAGAGGAAUCAGUACAAGGAGAGGCUGAUGGAAUUGCAGGAAGCUGUCAGGUGGACAGAAAUGAUCCGUGCCUCACGGGAACAUCCAGAUGCUGCUAACAGUCCACAGAAACAGAAAAAAGGAUCUAUAUGGAAUUUCUUUGGUAACCUGUUCAGUAGUAGUUCACCCAACAAGCCGAACAAGAAGCCCAGCAAUGUUCCAAUGGCCACCAUCAAGUAUAAUGCCCCCACCACCCAAGUUCAACCCAUGGGGGACCCCAACAGGAGGUCACGCGAGAUGUACAAGCUUGGGGACAAGGCCAAAGCCUACGACUUCCUACAAGACGAUCUGAACCGAAUCAGUUCAUCAAAUGUACAAAAAUUACUGGAAGAUUUGCAGGAGAAGAAACAGCAAUAUGACAGUUAUAUUCAUGUUGAGGCAACAGACGCAGGAGCCAGUAAAAUAGAAUCUCUUCUAGAGGACCCUGUCGUAACUGCUCAGCCCAAGAUGUCAGAAAAAGCGAAGAAAGAGCGUGACAAGGAGAGACAGGAGCAGUACAAACAAGUCCGAGCUCAUGUCAAGAAAGAUGACGGCCGACUACAAGCCUAUGGUUGGAGCCUUCCUGCCAAAUUUCAGCCAUCGGUCCGUGACACCCCUACCAAACGAGAGGUGCCUGUCCCCGUACCAGUCUACUGUAGACCUAUACUGGAGAAAGAAACAGGGGUGAAGAUAUGGUGUGCUGCUGGUGUGAAUUUGACAGGUGGUAGAACACGAGAUGGAGGGUCUGUUGUAGGGGCCAGUGUAUUUUACUCCAGCCUUCCAGAGUCUGAAUCUGAGUCCCGAAAAGAGGUCAAGGAUGAAGUGGACAGACUCAACCAAGAACUCAAGGACCAUGAGAAGGGUCUGAAGGAUGCUGAUAAGGAGCAGUUGUCUUCCUUGGUUUGGAUUUGUCACAGCAGUGGUUCCAGUACCCAUGUGUCUGUUAUUGAUGCUAAUAGUCCGGGAGACAUCUUGGAAACCUUCAAAGUCUCCUCCUCACCCAUACUCUGUUUAGCAAGUGUAGCAGGGGCCCUUGAGUCGGACUACCCAGUGGAUGAGGAGAUUCUGAAGGCGGAGUCUUACCCUCAAUAUAAGCCUCCCCCUCCUUCCAGUGACAACUCCCAAGUGGAAAACAGUGGUAUUGGGGGCAUAACAUUUGUACAGUGUGCCACAGGAAACAACAGUCAACCAUCUUCACCUCAAGUGUCUCCAGUUGGGUCCUACAAGUCUAAAGAAGUCACCCCUGAACAUAAGAGUAACCUCAGUGCUGUAGCCCAAGCAUUGACAACUAAUGAGGAAAAAGUUGACACUGAAGUCGAACACAAGGAUAAAUUUGAUACUGAAAGUAUCAUGUCAGAACGUAGUUACGAAGUACACUUUGGUAAUGAUGAUGUUCAGCCUUCCGUGUUCAAAGCCAGGGGUUCUCCAGCUAACUCGGGAACCAACACACCUGUAUCACGGUCAUCUCUUGCCUCACUUGACCGCCACCGCCACUCUGAGCUCAUAAGGGAUGGCCUCAGUCCUAUGUCAGUGGACAGUGAUGUGCAGUUUGAGGAAACAGAGAAAAUGAGCAGUGUUUUACCCACCAUUUGGCUUGGAUCACAAACAGGAAGUUUGUAUGUACAUUCCUCAGUAGCACAAUGGAGAAGAUGCCUAUACUCUGUCAAACUUCGAGAUUCAAUUCUCAACAUAGUCCAUGUUAAAGGGAGAGUACUAGUAGCUUUAGCUGAUGGAACAAUUUCCAUUUUCCAUAGAGACACAGAUGGUCUGUGGGACUUGCAGAAUUAUCACCUUUUGGAUCUGGGAAAACCUCACCAUUCUAUCCGCUGCAUGACUGUGAUAGCAAAUAAACAUGUGUGGUGUGGAUAUAGGAACAAAAUCCAUGUCAUUGAACCAAAGAGCAUGACCAUAGAGAAAACCUUUGAUGCCCAUCCCCGUAAGGAGAGUCAGGUAAGACAGCUGUCCUGGGUUGGGGAUGGUGUGUGGGUCUCUAUACGACUGGACAGUACACUUCGUCUCUACCACGCCUAUACACACCAGCAUCUGCAGGAUGUGGACAUUGAGCCAUAUGUCAGUAAAAUGUUAGGGACUGGAAAACUGGGAUUUUCUUUUGUUCGGAUCACAGCCAUGUUGAUCUCCUGUAAUCGGCUGUGGAUAGGUACUGGAAAUGGGGUCAUUAUCUCUGUGCCUCUGUCUGAGAGUAACAAGCAGACUGUGUCCAGUGGACCCAGUGGGGGACGUCCAGGGGGCAUUGUUAGAGUCUAUAGUGACACGGAGACAGACAGUGUCACACCUGGAACUUUCAUACCAUAUUGUUCCAUGGCACAGGCUCAGCUUUCAUUCCAUGGUCACAGAGAUGCUGUCAAGUUCUUUGUGUCAGUUCCAGGUUCUCCUAGGAAAGGUCUGAGUGCAGCUACAGACCAUGAGGAACCCAGUGACAACAAAUCACGCCAUGAGGCAAUCCCCAUAGAGGUCAGCAACGCUAAGCUGGUUCUGUCUGGAGGAGAGGGAUAUGUGGACUUCAGAAUAGGUGAUGGGGAUGAUGAUAACCCAGAAGAGGAAGAGAAGAAGUUGUCACUUAGCAAAGGAGACAAGAGCCACCUCAUUGUAUGGGAAGUGAACCACAGCAAAUAGUCUCAUAGAAUCCAGGCCACAAGGUCAAGGACAAUGUACUCCUCAAAUGUCAAUGUAUUACAAAUGCUCUAUGUAUGCAUACAUUAUCAAUGAAUGUAUCAUGCUUUAGGUCAUAUGCUUGACCUUAAUGGAAAAUGCUGUUAAGUGCAUAUUCUUACAGCUGCUAUACAUGUAAAUAUAUUACUACCUGAUUCUUUGAGGUGGUAUGAAAGACCAGGCUUUGUGAAGAAUGCAAAUAUGUACGAAUGUGUCAGUACAUCAAAAGUAACUGUUAUUGUUGUUUUGUAAGUGGUUUUGUUACCAGCAAAAGCAUUGAUUUAUCUUAAGAAAUAUGAUAUUUCUUGGACUCUUAUUAUUUACCCAUGUAAAAGUUAGAGGACUUCGAAAAAAAUAAAUAGAAUAUAUGGCAUUUCUGUUUAUUUCAUACUUAGUUCAAUCCUUAUAUCUCUCAUUCAUGUGCAAUAUAUAUCUUGUUGACCUUUCAAAUUUUAUUUAUCGCAAUUUUUAAUGUUACAUGUGUUUAUUUAUUAAUCAAUCCCAUAGAAAAUGUAACCAGAAAGGAAUUUUCUUCUUAAAAUAGGAAGUUGAUGUCUGAUUAUGUAAAUCCUCACUGUUUUAAUGAUUAUGACACAUCCAGUUGAAGGCCAGCUUGUAGCAGUCUUUUGUAAGAAAUCAUUUUUAUUUAUUAUUCUGUUCACAUUUACACCUUGACAGCACCAUUACUCUUAGUUUUUAUUUUGUUGAUUCUAUGUCAUGUUAAAGUGUACUAGAUCCGAGUGUGCUGUUAAGUAUAAGCACUGUUUGUUAGAACUGUGGUGAUGUCAUCUGUUCCUAUUAAAAAUUCAACAACAAAGCAGGAAACAUAUCAAAUUUCUUUGGUACUGAGACAUUAAUUUUGAAUACAUGUAUUUGUUUUGAAAACGUGUGUUUAUUUUGAAUACAUACAUUUAUUUUGAAUCAAUUAUUUUGAAUAAAUUUGCAUUUUAAAUAAGUUGCAACAGUUGGUUAUGUAAUUUUUUUUCUGUGUUUUUUAAAUACUAUUUUAUUCAUUAAGUGUGAUAUUUCCAAGUUUCCUGUCUAUAUUUGAAUAGAAAAAAUUGUUAAGGAAUUCAAUAGUUAUUGGAUUUAAAAUCAAUGGAAAUAUUUUUCUUCGGAUGGAGAUGUUUAGUGAAGUCUGUAAUGGUGUAUUCAUCAGGUAUUAAUUUUUUGACAGUGUCAUUGUGGAUAAGUUUUUUUUUUUACACAAAUGGAACCCAACUUUGUUUUAAGUAUAUUUCCUUAUUAAUUAAGCAAUGGAACACAAAACUCAAUAGUCAAGUGGCUUAAACUAGCUUUUGAAAGGUUUCUGGUUCAGAUAUCAGAACAGUCUCUUCAUGUUUCAUGUUGUUUACUUGGACAAGCUAUUUAUCUGCAUUGUCCAAGCUGAAAGUGGAUACCAGUUCUGACUAAAGGAUUCAUUUAUGCUUGACUUUUGUCUUUCCAGGUGGCAUUUAUGAAUCUCAUCCACCUGUUAUAUUUAUGGUCCUUAUGGCCAGGGGAAAAGUUAGUCUAGUGAUAAUAAGCAGUUUCAUGAAGGAGUAUUAUGUUAAGCAUAAAUUGCACAUUAAGUUACAACAUUUAAUGUGCAUUUCUUUUACAAAGUUGUAUCAUUAAUGAAGAAUAUUAAUGUGUGUAUGUUGUCAGAGCAUGUUUAAGAUACUAAGCUUAAUUUAUGAUAAACAUGAAUAAAGCUGCAAAUUCAU